UCCAAAGGCUAUAUAUCUAAUCAAUGGGCUAUAAAGCGUCGUGCAGGUCCUCAAAGUUACAAUGUAAAUAUCGACAGGCUAUCAAUAAGGCGUAAGAAUAUAUAUCAAUAAUUUCCUAUUGAAAUGUCAAUUUUUAAUGAAAUGUCAAUCGUUCAAGAGAGAUGCAUCGAUAUACAGCUGAAAAAGAACUGUGUACAAUUACAAUCACUGAUGAAAAAGUCGCACGAGAAAAGGCGAGAAGAAACUUGUUCACUCCACUCGUUCAAUUACAUUUUUCUACGUUUUGUAUCUAAUUUCCUUUUAUUUUAGAAACUAUAGAUAUAUCUCCAUAUCAUUUCAAACUGUUUCAAGCGUAGAAAGCGCAUUUAGUUUACGAUUACUUGAUUCUACUCUAUAUUUGGUCUAAACACAAAGGUCGCGAAGGUGUAAACAGUUUAUGUAUUGUGUUUAGGUCUUUAAGUUAAAUAUAGGGUACAGAUCGCCAGCUGAACGCACGGCGCACUACCGCGAACGCGAACGCGAACGCGAAGUGUGAAAACCGCGUCGUGAAUGAUUAUAAGCAGAGUGAGUGGAGCAGAGGGAGCAGAGUUGAGCGGAGUGAUGGACACAUAUUAAAGGAGCAUCGAUGAGUGUUGCUGAUCGAGCCAACCUAACCUGACACGAUCAGCAGGCACUGCAGGCAAACAGACAGUGACAGACGUGAAGCGAGCGCGUACUCUUCUCGGCGAAGUCGAGCGUCGCACGCAAAUGACUCGAUCGUAGCGUCGACGCGAAUUAUGGCAAGCCGUAAGAGAACCGACGAUCCAGAUCGUCGGUUGUCGUUGUCUCAACGCCACUUGUGGUCUUCGUCGUCUGACGAGGAGGAGGAGAAGACUACCUCCUCCUGGACGCCCUACGUAGUGGCGUGUAAGAACUCCUCAUCGCCGUCGGGAAACGAAAUGGUCUCUCUGCCGUUUUCGUCAUCGGAUGAGGAGAAAAUGAUAUCCUCCGCUCGUUGCCAGGAUACUCAAUCAAUAAACAACCCGUCGACGACAUCGGACCGUUUCAGCAGGAGUCACGUCGACUCCAUCGAGCAGUCGACAUCAGGCCAAGACGCGUCGUCGCGUCGCGAUAACAACCCCUUUAGUUUCAAGGCCUUCUUAAAGAAUGGCAUGCAGCAAACCAACUAUCAAAACACCGGGGCAAGACCAAAAGUCUAUUCAUCCUCCACAUCAAGUCCUGGUAACGUCCUUGACAAAGAUAAUGUCGGCAGCGGCGUUUAUUCCGGUCGAAACCCAACGGAACUGCCAGACUUUGUACAGGAUCACCUGGUUAUUGAACAGUGUUACCUGAAUCAUGAGAAUAGUCAACCAAUACUACCUGAUGUGGAUAAUCUACCGGACUUUGCAUUGAACAGUAUGGAGCAAAGGCAGUGUCGAUUACGGAACGAGACCAAAAAGAACGACUCUGACAUCUUGUGCGAUGAUCUACGAUCAUUUGAUCUCACUGAUACAUUGCACAAAGGCUUACCACACAGAGAUCAUACUGCAUCAAAUACAAAACAUCAAAUGCAUUCUAAUCACUUGGACCUACCUAUGUUCGAGGAUAGACUCAACGAAACUGCACCUAUCUUUCCUCGCCCUGAACACAGAGGAUUUCCAUUUGAUUUACCAUUACCCUUUCCUGACUCCAAUCCUAGUAUAAAUACAACCGCACGAGGCGAUCUUCCAUCAGGUGGUGAAACAAAUGUUCACAAAUCUCUACCAGACUUCUUAAGCGAUGGUCCUAUACAUAGAUCUUCAGAUUCAGAACCUAUAGCGAGCAUGACAGAAUCCACAGAAAGAAGGUUUUUGCUCGAGAAUGAAAGAUUACGUCAGCAAUUAGAGGUAUCUCGAAGGCAACUUAAUGAAAAAAUAGAAAGAAUUCGUUCAUUGGAGGCAGAAUUGUUAUCUAAAAAGGAAGUGGAACACGAAGAGACUGUGCACUUGGAAAAAGCGAUGGAGCAAGUCGAAGAUAACUUAAAACGAAGUACAAAACGAGCAGUUAAUGCUGAAAGUACUGUCACAUCAUUGAAAAAAGAGAUUAAGGUUUUAACGACAGAGAUAUCUCUACUACGAUUGGAGAACAGUGAACUUCGAGCCGGUAUCUCGGCUGCUGGACAAAGUGAAUCGAAUGCUGGUGCUGUUAAUAUGAAUCGUACGAUUAGAAGGCUUGCGCGUGAUUUAUUCGCGGCUGCAUCGUCGGCUGAAGUAUCCCUCAGACAAUUAAUGUCCGGUGUGGAUAAUCUGAGAGUGCUCGCAUCAACCCUCGAAAAUGUGGACAGGAUAGAAGACUGGACCAAAGACUUUUUACCUGAUUCCGACGAGGAUAAUGCCGCCGGUCCCGCAGUAUAAUAGAAUUUUUUCUCUUUCUCUCUCUCU